GCACCAGUCCCACUCUCAGUAACCAAGCAGAUCUGCUCAGAACAAAUAAAUAUCUCCUGCUCUUUCUCACACAGAUUCAGGGAAACUAUACUACAUUCUGGACUACAACUAAUCUAUUUCCAUUUGAGCAGUACAAUGGCAGAGGCUGCAGGUCUUCUGGAUCAGGACCAGUUCAGCUGUACGAUCUGUCUGGAUCUACUGAAGGAUCCGGUGACUAUUCACUGUGGACACAGUUACUGUAUGGGCUGUAUUAAAGGCUGCUGGGAUCAGGAUGAUCAUACUGGUGUCUACGGCUGUCCCCAGUGCAGAGAGAAUGUCACCUCAAGGCCCAUUCUACGAAAAAACUCCAUGCUGGCUGAAGUGGUGGAGAAACUGAAGAAGACAGGACUCCAAGCUGCUCCUCCUGCUCACUGUUACGCUGGACCUGGAGACGUGGCGUGUGAUGUCUGCACUGGGAGAAAGCGCAAAGCCGUCAAGUCCUGUCUGGUGUGUCUGGCCUCUUACUGUGAAACUCACCUCCAGCCUCACAACGAAUCUCCGGCCUUUAAGAAGCACAAACUGGUGAAAGCCACUGGAAACCUGCAGGAGAAGAUCUGCUCUCAUCAUGACAAACUGUUGGAGAUUUACUGUCGUACCGAUCAGCAGUGUAUCUGUUAUCCGUGUACAAUGGAACAACACAGAGGCCAUAAAAUAGGCUCGGCUGCUGUAGAAAGGACUAAGAAAGAGAAGCAGCUGGCGGCGACACAGAGCCAAUUCCAGCAGAGAAUCCAGGAGAGAGAGAAGGAGCUGCAGGAUCUGAGACAGGCUAUGCAGUCACUCAAGAGCUCUGCACAGGCAGCAGUGGCGGACAGUGAGAGUAUCUUUACUGAGAUGAUCCGCUCCAUUGAGAGAAGGUGCUCUGAGGUGAAAGAGCUGAUCAGAGAUCAGGAGAAGGCUGAAGUGAGUCGGGCUGAAGGACUCCUGGAGCGACUGGAGCAGGAGAUUGCUGAGCUGAGGAGGAGAGACGCUGAGCUGGAGCAGCUUUCACACACAGAGGAUCACAUCCAUUUCCUCCAGAACUUUCAGUCUCUCUGUGUCCCUCCUGGACCUGGAGACUUACCCAGCAUCACUGUCAGUCCACACAUCUCUUUUGAGGCUGUGAGGAAAUGUGUCUCUGAGCUGAAAGAGCGACUGGAGGACGUCUGCAAUGUGCAUCUAGUGAAAAUCCCUGAAUCAGUGAACAAAGUCCAUACUCUAGAGCCCAGGACCAGAGAGGAUUUCUUACAGUAUUCCUGUCAGCACACACUGGACCCCAACACAGCGCAUAAACAGCUCCGUCUGUCUGAGGGGAACAGAGAGGUGACCCAUGUGAGAGAGAUCCAGUCAUGCCCUGAUCAUCCGGAGAGAUUCGACUGCGUGUUCCAAGUGCUAUGCAGGGAGGGUGUGUCUGGACGCUGUUACUGGGAGGCUAAGUGGAGUGGGGAUGAUGGGGUUUAUAUAGCAGUGUCAUAUAAAGACAUCAGCAGGAAAGGAGAGGGUGAUGACUGUUUAAUGGGACGUAAUGACAAGUCCUGGAGUUUGGACUGUUCUGCCUCCAGUUACUCUUUUUGUCACGAAAAGAGGAUCAGUAAAAUCCCUGUUCUCCCCUCCUACAGAAUAGGAGUGUACCUGGAUCACAGGGCAGGAACUCUGUCCUUCUACAGCGUCUCUGACACAAUGACCCUCCUGCACAGAGUCCAGACCACGUUCACUCAGCCCCUCUAUCCUGGGUUUUGGGUUGGUCCUGUUGGAUGUGCUGUAAAACUUCUGGAAUUAGAGAGGGAAGAUCAGGUUGAGGCCAAUGAUGGGAAAACAGAAAAAAAUAAAAAAUAAAAUCACAGAGUUAAAUAAAUAUUUUGAUGAAAUUAAUUAACAGAAAGUUCAGGAUUGACACGUGCGCAACUGGCAACACAAGUACUAGUGUUGCCAGUAUGGUCAGCUAGCUAAUAUAAAUAUGGCCUAUUUCCUAUAAGUACAGAUACAUUGAUAGGCGGGUGCAUUUAAUUGCUUAAUUCUCAAAGUCUCUGCAUUCUGUAUACUCUAAUAACUCUUUCAAGCUGUAUGCAGUAGCCUUGCAGGGGUGAUCAGCUCCACAGGAUUUGUAAUGUCCUACUUGCAGCGUGUACUUCUUGCAGAUCUAGGAAUCCUUUUUAUGUGCAUAGGGACCACACUGUUUAAAGUUGAAGCACAUCAAUCUAGUGUAUUACCCCAUUAAGGACAGUGACAGUAACUGGCAAAAGUCAUAAAUAGGCUAUAAUCAGUGCACACGUUAUAUAUGACAAUAGGGGUGGCCUGUAGUGUAGUGGUUAAGGUACAUGACUGGGACCUGCAAGGUCAGAGGUUCGAUUGCCAGUGUAGCCAAAAUAAGAUCCGUACAGCCGUUGGGCCCUUGAACAAGGCCCUUAACCCUGCGUUGCUCCAGGGGAGGAUUGUCUCCUACUUAGUCUAAUCAACUGUACGUCACUCUGGAUAAGAGCGUCUGCCAAAUGCCAAUAAUGUAACAGUACUUGCCUUGUAUAUUAACAUUCUAUAAGUUGUGUGUGCUGAGCUAGAGUGGGACAACCAUACGUAGCAUCUCAGCCAUAUUUUGUUGCACCUUAAUUGCAUAAAUAACCUGUUUCUCCUGCAGGGUAGAAACGACUCCUGUUCAAUCAGUCUCCCCAAAGAAGUCAUACUGCUGCACUGCAGCAUUUUACAGGAUGUAAACAUUCUUACAGGAGAUUCUUCAGGUUGAGUUCUGCUUGCAGAAUUGGCAUAAAUGGAAAUUAGUAAAGGUUCAAUUUCACACAGACAUUAGAUUUGGAAAUAUUUUUUUUACACCCAGUGGUCGCCGUGUGGAACAGCUUGCCAAGACAUGUACAGUUGUGUUCAAAUAAAUAGCAGUGCGUUAAAAAAAAAGUGCAUAAAGUGCAAAUAUUGUGUUCAAUAUUUCACAUUUAGUGGAAACAUUACACAUUCAAUUCCACAAAUUAACAAAUUUUAUCAAGUUUGCGUUAUUCAUUUACAGGAAGCAAAGAAAAGGAAUAUUAAUCAGUUCCAAAAAAUGGCAGUGUCGACAAACACUUACUGUAUAAACUGAAGAAAUCUUUCAAGAUUUAACUUCACUCUAAAUUACUUAACUAAUAUUUAGUUGCAUAACCAUUGUUUUUGAUAACUGCUGCGCAUCUGCGUUGCAUCGAGUCAACCAACUUCUGGCACCGAGAAACAGGUAUUUCAGCCCAGGAUGAACGAACUACAUUCCACAGAUCCUGUCAAUUUUUGGGUUUUUAAUGUCACGCCAAAGGUUUUCAAUGGCGUUGAGUUCGGGGGAUUGAACUGGCCACUCCAUUACCUCAAUCCUUUUUGUCUGGAACGAAGAUGUUGCUCGCUUACUCGUGUGUUUGGGGUCGUUGUCUUGUUGAAACGCCUAUUUCAGGGGCAUUUCCUCUUCAGCAUAUGGCAACAUAAUCUCUUCAAAUAUUUAAAUGUAUUCAAACUGAUCUAUGAUCCCUGGUAUACGAACCUAACACCGUCGUAUGUAAAACAUCCCCAUACCAUGAUUUUUGCGCCACCAUGCUUCACUGUCUUCACAGUGUACUGUGGCUUGAAGUCAGUACCCGGAGGUCGUCUGACGUGCUGUCGACAACCACUAGUCCCGAAAAGAAAAAUUUAACUCUAAUCAGUCCACAGAAUGUUAUACCAUUUGUCUUUGGGCCAAUCGAUGUGUUCAAAUUUUUAAUGAUUCUGCACAUGCCAUUUUUUCAACAAUAGUGCUUUACGGGGGCUUCCUGCUGAUAGCUUAGCUUCGAUCAAACAUCUUCUGACAGUAAAAGCACUUACAGGUAAUUGUAGAUCAUCUUUGAUCUUUCUGGAGCUGAUAAAUGGCUGAAUCUUUGCCAUUCUGACUAUUCUUCGAUCCAUUUUAACAGUAGUUGCUCCUUUUCUUCCGCGUGUUUUGGGUUUUUAUUUCCAUUUCAAAGAAUUUGAGCUCAUUUUUGAGCUCAGCUACGUUUUCCCCUCUCCAAUCAACUUUUUAUCAAAUUACAUUGUUCCUCCAAAGAAUGUUUGGAACGGCCCAUUGUACUUAGCAAUUCAGAAGGAAAUAUAUUUUAUAACAAUGUGAAACAUUUGCUUCCCUUUCUUCCUUAAUAAAGGACAAUUAAUGACACCCGUUUCUUCACAGAAUUAAUGAAUUCUCAAAUUAAACUCCACACUGCUAUUAUUUUGAACACACCCCUUUCAAUGAAUGAGUCAAUUACUCAGAACAAGCAGCGUGCAUGUCAUGACAGUUGGGUCUGUUGUUUUUCUAUUACACUACUACAUCUAUAAGUAAAGUAUUUGCCAUGCAGAAAUAUCACUACUACUAAUAACAGUGGUCAUCACUGUUACUCAUCACUCAUCACUCAUACUGAUGUUGUACUGCAAUUUUUUUUAACACAACUGUACAAGCAUUUUUACCUUUU